AUGCAAAAGAAGAUUUGUUUUGCUAAUAUUGCUGAUGGCUCAAACCUGAAAGGAUUGCAAGCAGUUCUCUCAGAACAUCAUGCCAAAAAAUUGACGACUGGGACAAGCGUACAGUUUCGUGGCAAACUCGUUGAAAGUAAAGGCACAGAGCAAACGAAAGAAUUACAAGUAGAAGAUAUGAAGAUUUAUGGACAAUGUGACGCCGCUACAUACCCGUUGCAAAAGAAACAUCACACGCCAGAAUUCCUUAGAGAGAUAUCCCACUUUAGAUCUCGAGGAAACACUGGCAGCGCAUUAUUACGCACGCGUAAUGCAACUGUAAUGGCCUUUCAUAAUUUUUUCCAGGAACGCGAUUUUCUCAAUGUUCAAACCCCCAUCAUAACUACAUCCGACUUUUAUCUCACAGUUUCCAGUCAGUUACAUUUAGAAAUAUUAUCUAGUUCGGCAUCAAAAGUAUAUACUUUUGGACCUACGUUUCGAGCAGAACGAUCUCAGACCUCUAGGCAUCUAGCCGAAUUCUGGAUGCUUGAAGCCGAAAUGGCAUUUAUAGAUUCUUUAGAUGAAAUGCUUACAUUUGUGGAGAACCUUCUACAAUCUAUUAUAAACCGCGUAAUAGAAACUUGUCCAGCUGAGAUCCACCAUUUUGCCAAAUAUCUUAACCCAACUCUAACGUCCCGCUUAUCAAUGACUGUAAACUCUCCUUUCGUCAGGAUGACGUACAAGGAUGCACUGGAUGCUCUUAACUCUUCUGGGCAAACAUUUACCUUUCCAACAAAAUGGGGCUCCGCCAUACAAUCGGAACACGAAAAAUAUCUUGCAAACGUUUACUGUCGUCGUCCCGUAUUCAUUACAGAUUACCCUCGACAUCUCAAGCCGUUCUACAUGCGGGCGAGAGAUGACGACGAUAGCAUAGUCUCCUGUGUUGAUCUGAUUGUUCCACAUGGCGGUGAACUCAUUGGAGGCAGUUUGAGGGAAGAAAGGUACGAGGUAUUGGAGAAGCAGAUAAAAGAGGCUGGACUGUCUGCUGAGGAAUAUUCAUGGUAUUUAGAUUUAAGGAAGUACGGUACUGUACCUCAUUGUGGUUUUGGUGUUGGGUUUGACAGAUUUUUGCAGUAUCUGACUGGGGUGGAAAAUAUCAGAGAUGUUACUGCAUUUCCCAGGGCUUACGGCUAUUGUAAAUAUUAA